CGUCCCGAGCCCUUUGCACUGAACAUCCUCCUGUUUUUAUCACCACAGAGACUCAAUUGAUCUUCAAAAUGAGCUUCGUUACCCGACGCGCGCUUUCCACGCUCAUCCCGCCAAAGGUGGCGUCACCUUCUGGCCUGGGUGCAGCACAAGACGCUGCCCGCAUGCAGAGGGUUGUUAGCUUCUACGAGAAGCUUCCCCGUGGCGCAGCUCCAGAGGUCAAGGCCAAGGGCAUUUGGGGACGUUACCAGGCAAAGUACUUUGGAAAGAACCCAAGCGGUGCACGUACGUUGCAACAACGCCGACUAUGAAAAACAAGCUGACCUGGAUAUCAUAGCCAUCGUCCACGUCAUCAUCGCUGUCAUUGCCAUUGGAUAUGCGCAGAACUACUACUUCCAUCUCCGCCACCACAAGAACAACGCCCACUAGAUGCAUACCGAGCCUACUAUAUGGUAGAACGCCCUGAGCUAUGGGUCUAGGAGUUGUUGUAAAUAUAAGAGAAUCAGUUUUAGCCCGGGAGUGGAUCUGUGAACGACGUCGGUGAAUGCUACAAAUAUAGACUCGAAAUGUUCGCGAACCGCUUUCUGCUUGCAUUACGGGAGUGAUGGGUGAUAUUGUACUGGCAAAAUAACUCUCUAUUCCGAUAGAACCUAUUUUGAAGUGGUCUAUGUAUUUUGCUGUGUAUUUUGUCUCCAUCAGGCGCUUGAUAUUGGCCAUAAGGGCUUCCUUCUCGGGAUAAUGGAACAACCGGGAGCGUCUUUCUAACGGGCAAAAAUAUGCUGCACGUGACCUGAGACAUACACUGGCGUUUGUAUGCUACUGUACUAAACUCAUAAUUUGUUUAUUUUUCAAGACGCUGACUCCAGC